AAUUUGGUUCUGUUUAUCUGUACUCGACGUUCCUGCUCUACUCGAUCUAGUGUCUGUUGGCAUCCAUGAGUACUUUUUCAGGCGAAAGGUUAGUCAUUGUCUCUUAAAGAUAAAACCACAGAAGUCAAGACGACCAAAGUUCUACGAGGCAUCGUUCACCCAUCAAAAGGAGAUCAAGAAGUCGUUCUCCUCAACAAAGUCGUGUGAGGUCAAAACGCAUAGUCAUUGCAAACAUCCCAUAUGAUUUAAAUUGGCAAAAGCUGAAGGAGUUGUUUAGAGAACAAAUCGGGUUUACUGGCUUUCUACAGUUGUUUAAAAAAAAUGGAAAACCAAACGGUAUGGGUUUGAUGGAGUUCAAGACACUCGAAGGAGCACAAAAAGCUAUUGAAAUGAUGCAUCGGUUUGAAGUUGGAGACAGAAAGUUGGUCGUUCGACAAGAGACUGCUCGUGAUGCUGCUCGCUUUGCAUCAAUGGAAGUUGACGGAGGGCUUCUAAGUGAUUCUGGAAAUCCCAACGAUUCCGUAAAUAUGGCGGCAGCAGGACCUGUUUUCACUCCUCAAAUCUUAGGUCAAGUCGGCAUGGACGGACCAAUCACUGAUUCUGUUUACGUCAGUAAUCUUGACUAUAGUGUAACGUGGCAGAAGCUUAAAGAUGUCUUCAAAUCAGCUGGGAAAAUUCUCAGCUCGGUUAUAAAAACAGACUCAGAAGGGAAUUCUCGUGGUGUUGGCAUAUUAAAAUUUUCGAAUGCGUAUGAAGCAGUCCAAGCCGUCAAUAUGUUUAACAACCAGAUAUUAAAAGACAGACCAAUGCGUGUAAAGAUUGAUCGCCAGGGUACGCCUGCUUCAAUGAACAUAGUUUAUCCCCCACCACAACGAACUGGCUCAUCUGGAAUUCUGGGUUCCACUGGUUCAAUGAUCCCCUCCAAUCCUAUCCUGACUGACCAACAACAAUCUUCAAAUAUUAUUGCUGCUCUUGUGACUUUACUUGGUUUGAAAACAAAUGCCGAUACAAAUCCUCAGAGUGGCAUAAUUGAAGUUCUUCGUAAUUUGGCGUCAAAUGCAAAUCUUUCUGGGGGUCUGAAUACUUUGGCAACUACUGGAUCAUCUAAUAACUCUUCCAACUUUACUGGUCAGUCAUUGUCAUCAAUCCCAGAUGCUUCACCAAGUUCAGGAAUCAAUCGAUCCUACUCAGGUCAACUUCCCCAAGAUGGAUUACAACAAUUAAUUUCAGCAGCUGUCGCUGGUGGAAUGUCUCAGACACAAAUAACCUCUGUAUUAUCGACUCUAGGUUUAUUCCAGAAUUCUCAUUCGGAUCAUCAGUCUGGUCAGUUGAAUGCUUCAAAUAUUAUUGGUCGAGAUGGUGGUGGGUGUGGUGACCGAAGCGUUGAUAGAUCACAUUUUGACAAUGGAUAUGUUGGUCGUUCAAAGUAUGAAAUUCCAGGUAAUUAUCGGGUAGAUUCUCGGAGUAACAGACAAGAUUCAUAUAAUAUUGGCGGUUCUCUGAUGAAAUCAGGGUCGCCUAAUCUUCCAGGCCGUGGAAGUUACUCUAGAUCAUCUGAUCGAGGACGUGAUGAAAAUGGUCCACAACAUAACAAUGAUCGACGUCAGAUACCUGAAAAAGUAGUUGUGAAAAAUCUUCCAUUCUCAUUUGAUUCACAUGAUGUGAAAAGAAUAUUCAGAGAAGUUGGAGAUCUAAACACUUGUAAUCUGGUAACAGACGCUCAAGGUCACUCCCAAGGAAUCGCAUUUAUCACCUAUGCAGAUAUUGAUGGUAUUUAUCGUGCAAUAGAUGCUUUUGACGGUAAAAUGUUUGAAGGACGACGUCUUCGAGUGCAUGCUGAAUAAUAAUAUUAGAUUGGAUUACGGUUUAUCUUACUUUUACAAAAAAAUGUAUUCUUCGUAUUAUACGAACAGUUAUGCACCGUCGAAUGUUGUUAUCGUUUCCUCCAGUUUGUGGCAACGUUCAUUUCUUCUUUACUGUAUAUCGAUAUUAUUGUUGUUAUUAUGUUUCCACCUGUGAAUGAACAUUGUUUGUUAGGUACAUGAAAUUCUUUUCAUUGCUUACACGAUAACAAUGAUAGUAAUAAUAAUUACAAAUGCAUAUGGGUUUAUAAAAUGUUUUAUUUUUUCUGUUUCCCACCAUUUUCGGAUUUUCUAUCUUUUUAUAUUUAUUGUUGUUGCCCGACGCAUUUUUAUUGUCCGUUUGUUAGUUUGUCAUUUUCACUUUCAUGCUGUUAUUACUACCGUUCAAAAAAUAAUCAUCGUCAUAACCAUUAUGGUUACUAAGGAAAUAUAACAUUUUUCUAUUGUGUU